AGAAAAUACAAAGCUUAAUCAUGAUAUUAUGACGUAAUGAUGGAAGUAUUCUGUGGCUUUCUGAACCAUCCUGGAAGGAAUACUCGCGAAGAUGGAGUUCGAUCCUCAUGAGUCACAUAGUCACGCUUCAGAGGAGAUUGUAUUAGAAGAGCAUGUGAGCCUUAUUUCAUCCAUUAAGAUGAAAAUGGCGAAUACAUCUGAUGUUAGACGUAUAUGCAGAGUUUCAGACAAAUUCUAUGAGGAAAACGAAGAUAAAUAUUUUCCCCAAGUGGUCUCUAUUGGUCCUUUUCAUCACGGGAAAGAGAAGUUGAAAGCCAUGGAACAGAGAAAAUGGCAAUAUCUCACCACACUUCUCUCGCGUGUGGCAAAUGUGGAAACACGUUUGGGGAGAUGUGUUGAGGUGCUAAAAGUGCUUGAAGAGCGAGCUCGCAAAUGCUAUGGAGAAGAUAUUCAAAUGAACAGUGAUGAGUUUGUUGAAAUGUUGUUGAUAGACGGCUGUUUUAUCAUUGAGCUGUUUUACAAGUCAUGUUGUAAAGGUAUUAGACGACGAGGGGACCCGUUUCUCUCAACAUACCAAGUCUUCCAUCAAUUGAGGCAUGACAUGGUUUUGCUGGAAAACCAAAUCCCCUUUUUUGUUCUUCAACAUUUAUUCAACAUUUUGCCUGUUCCUAAACAAUGUGGAGGAUACUCAUUGGUUGAACUCGCCUUUCGUUUCUUCAAGAAAACGGUUCCCGAGGACAUAUACAACGUACGAGAUAGAUAUGGUCAAGAAAUCCACCAUCUACUCGACUUAAUUCACCAAUCUUUCAUACCCAACAUACACAUUCUUCAACUACAACCAGGACAACCACAUUCCCAAAUGAACAUUCCAACCGUGACGCAGCUUCUUCAAAAAGGUUCAGAAAUCAGGAAAAGCAACUCUAGGAGUGUCUUGGAAGUAAAGUUUAACAAAGGCAUACUCAGAAUCCCGGCUUUGGCGUAUCAUGAUCUCAUGGAAGCUGCGUUGAGAAACCUUGUCGCGAUGGAGAAUUGUUGUUAUGAUGCCACUAAGUACAUAACAUCGUAUGUAUUUCUCAUGAGAAGUUUAGUUCAAUCAAAUGAAGACGCAAAAGUCCUCCAAAAGAAGGGAAUCCUUGACAAAGGGGAAGAAUUAGUGGCAAUGUUGAGUAAGAUAUCCGUGAAUCUAGAACCAGAAAAUUUCUACUAUGGAGACUUGAGCCACAAACUCAACAACUUCGCAACAGUCAGCAGAAGUGUUUGGUAUGCAAGAAAAGUUCGAAAUUGCGUUACACAUUGCGUAAGCGAAUUGUAGGUUUGAUGCAAAUUAACCUUUGCACCAUAUAUAGUUCAUACACUUGUGGUCUGUGGCAUUACUUUUAAAAGCUACCUAAGUUUCAAUGUUAACAAAUGAUAAUGUUAUAUUAUAAGUAUAUCUAUAUAUAUAUCAUUAGGAACGUGAUGUUAAUCAUACUCUUGAUUUUGGCUUACAUGUUUUGUUUUUCUUAGUAUUA